AUGAGUUUGAGACCUGAGGAUCAUCGUCGAAAAUGGGACAAAGACGAGUUCGAGAGAAUAGCUGCGGAAAGAUUGAAAGCAGAAAUAGAAGAAGAGGAACGUUCCAAAAAGAAAGCCCCACCUAUCAAACGAGAACUUUUAAAGCAACGAGACUACAGAGUUGACUUGGAUUCAAAAUUGGGCAAAAGUGUUGUAAUUACCAAAAACACACCAACAUCUCAAUCAGGGGGAUAUUAUUGCAACGUAUGCGACUGUGUGGUCAAAGACUCCAUUAACUUCUUGGAUCAUAUCAAUGGCAAAAAGCAUCAGAGAAAUCUUGGAAUGUCUAUGAAAAUUGAAAGAAGCAGCUUAGACCAGGUUAAAGCAAGAUUUGCUCAGAACAAAAGAAAACUUGAAGAAAAAAAGAAAGAGUAUGAACUGGAUACAAGACUAAGGGAAGCUGCAGAAGAAGAAGCAAGAGUGAAAGAGCUCCGUCGAGAGAGAAGACGUGACAAGAAACGCAAGCUGCAGGACACGGAAGAUCAAGAUGACGACACACCUGCACAGUCAGAGCUUGCUCAAAUAAUGGGUUUCUCAGGAUUUGGGGCUUCUAAAAAGUAG